AUGCAGGAGACAUGCCACUUGACGUCUCUCCUCAACCGUAACGGCGUGAAGGUCAUCCCCAAGGAGUACCUGAUGGGUAUCAUGAAUACAACACAAAGAAGAGCACAAGAGACACACGUGUGCACAUGUGUGUUUCAGGUAAUAAGUCCAUCGUCAAGGAGACGGACACCAUCAGUAUUUACAAUGAAUGCUGGAAGGGCUGGUCGGAUGAUCCUGUGGCGGACGGGAGGCCACAAAUCGGGUACAAUCGAUGGGCGCUGCCUAGGAGACAGUCAAUUGCGGUGACGGUGAAGUGCUUCAAAGCUGAUCUGGAGACCAGGUCAGUUUCGGCAGUUGAGCUACAUGCAAAUUCUGCUGCGGCUUCAAGUUAUGUGUUUAUGUCUGUAUGCAGACAGCACAGCAUGGCUGCCUUCAGGAAGGAGCUUGAGGCACUGCUGACGGUGGGGUGCCAUCUUGAGGACGAUGCGGCACCAAAGGAUGUCGUGAGGCUGCUGGGUGUGGUCAAAGAAAGGAAGACGGUAACCAGAAUAACAGAAUAACAGACAGACACUGCAGACACUGUGAAUGCUAGCUGUCGGCAUCCUGUCGCUAUAUUUGUCUCUGUGCAUCAGACCCUCAUCAAGCAUCGUCGCCAUUCAAAUGGCAAGGCCAAUGAGGAGAGCCAGGUCAGUCAAGGCGGGCCGCUUUGCAAUGAUGACUGGCUCACUGCAUACGAUGUCAUGUCACUGUCAGUGCUUCACCAAGUUCAGCCUUGUUUUCGAGCGUCAAAAGAGCCGACUGUCUACCUUCCUACGCAGCCGACAACAACGCGGCAAGAAGGCGGGCGUCGGCCGUGUGUUUGGUUGCUGCGGGUGGGGAGUGAGGUCAGCUGUGGAUCGCAUGACCGCAUUCGGCAAGGCCGAGCUGCUCGGGGGCAUUUGCAGGGGGAUGACCAGGCUGCACAAAUGUGGUGUGAUCCAUGGCAGACUCAGCAGGUGAGGGCGUGAGGAGGGGAAAAUUUUAGAGGGACCGCAAUACAAUCUGGAAUGGUCUUGUAUCGCAGUGACUCGAUAUUCAUCAACAAAGACAACACGCCAAUGAUUGGCGGAUUCGACGAUGCAUGGGUCGAGGUAAGGACCGUAAGGAUGUCUUUGAUUUAGGCUGUGCACAUCAUGUUCUUCUUCUUCCUUAUUUAGAGCAAUUCGACUUUCAAAGCCCCCCCAGCCCAGCCCAACCUCACAGUCUCUCCAACCGUCAUCCUAGAUCGCCGCUCUCACAAGCCACCUCGCCGGGCCUCACAGAAGGCCCUCUUUGCCCGAGUCGAUUCUACUGGCGAUCCUCGCUACACUGCGCCGGAGGUGCUUCGUGGCGAGGGCUUGACGGAGGCGGCAGAUGUGUAUUCCUUCGGUAUGAUCAUGGGGGAGGUCUUCUCGAGAAGCAGGCCUUUUAAUGGUACUUGAUUGCAGACGCUUAAAGGCAUGGCUUCCCUGAUUGUAUGUGCAUAUGUCCGUCACUAUGUGUGUGUCUCUCCUUCAGAAAACUCAGAUGCUGCUGUUGUGUGCGGGCGAGGAUACUCUCAGUUGCUGACCGCCCCAUCGACCAUCGCCGAGGCAGUGCCUGCGCCCUUGCGAGAGAUGUACGAUGCCUGCCGCAGGACAGAUCCGAACGCCAGGCCAUCCUUCAGCUGCUUGCUCGAUGCCCUACAAGCUAUUGUAUAUGCUGACGAAGCCACGGACACACUCGGAACCUUCAUGGGUGUAGAGUACUUUUGGGAUGAUUGGGAGCUGGUAUGA